AUGUCUUGGAAACGUUCCUCUUUGGCUGAUACCGGCUUCUUCUAUGAUGAAGACCUUCGGGACCAGCGCAUAGACCCUUUCCCGACCCAUGUUAAGAGUCUCGAACAGGCAAUGCUUGACUUUACAUGCCAGGACUUUGACCCUACUACCAAACAGGACCUAACUAUCCAGAAUGAAGCAAAAAGACUUGCCAAGGGAGGGUUCAAAGAAGAUCGAUGGGAUGAUUUCUAUCGAGAAUAUUUCUUAGACCCAUUGAUGGCGCGUGCCUCCAUCACUGGAAAAAGACCUCGCAUAUCCUCACGAUGUCAAUACUACUAUGACUCCAUCGUGUUCAAUACGGAUGCCUUAUGGACAACGUUCAAUAAAAGAAGUGAAGAAGACCGACCUUUCAAAGCUCCAAAACCCGACCUCGUCUUUUUAUUUCCGAUGUACCACCCUGACUCCCAAAUACCUACAGUAACUCGUCACGGGGCGCGAGAAUGGCACAAAGAGUCAACACCAUCCCUAGUGGAGCCAUUCCUAUGGUCCACGUUGAGAGAAUUAAAUCAGCAUGGCUUAAAGCCUACUCCCUUCAAUGUUCUCGAUAAGAAAACCCCACUGGAAGCAGAUCUGUCUUCCUAUCCUUGGCUUGUUGUCGAAUACAAGAGAGCAAAGGGCACGGAAAGGAGCACGACUGCUUCCUCCAGGCGACUGGAGGAAGUUGUUUACUGCCAAGCAGCGAAUGCAGGUGGGUGUGCCGUCAAGCUGAAUCAGAAUGCCGCAAGGUUCGCUAUCCAGCUGGCCGGCAACGCACAGGUCCCUCCUGUCCCAACUAUUACCACAGUCGGCCCCCAAGUCAAGGUGUGGAUAACCUUUUAUGCUCAAGACCUCAUGGCAUAUCGCUUCAAAGAUAAGUAUAGUCAGCAGUAUCAGGGAUACAAAGAGGGUUAUAUGAUGCAAUGUAUUUGGGCAGGUGAUAUAACCGUAGCUAAUGAUAUUUUGAAAUUCCGACUCAUACUGGAAAACACAUAUACUUGGGCAAUUCGGGUGCUCAAGCCAUUGGUAGCGACAUAUAUCGAUCAAUGGAGGUUUGCUUACGCUACUGAUAAUUCAAGCAUGGCCGGCAUGACAAGGGCACGUCAACAAGAUAGGUUAGAGCUCACAAGGAACACAGUUCGAUCAAUUUAUUGUGCGCUGGAUCCUGAGCUAAACCCCAGAGCCGGCAAAGAUUGGCAUCGUGGCGUUUCGAUGAGGUUGAGGGAGCUAUGUGAGACAUUCGUCCAAGACGUUGAUCGAAUGAUUGAUGAGGAACUCAAGUCCUCGCGCAGAAGUACACGCGGAGCUAGCAAGGAAGUCCGAGGAUUCAAAAGGUCCGUACAACUCAACAGCGAUGGCCCGAGGAGCAUUGAACACGAGGGUCUGCAACCCAGACAGUCUGAGAGCCCUGAUUACGCAAGCAUGGCUCUACCGAGUGCUCCGCGUAGCAUGUCACCAAGCGAGACGAGUGGCGCAGUUGAGGUAGUCUCGUCAUAUCUCAAAGCAAGCAUGGCAAUUUGGAACAGCUGGGGCACCCAAGAGACGGCCAAGCCAGAGUAA